GUUGUCCAGCCUCGAGCAAAGGUUUUAGAGGAUCAAAGUAUGACACUCAAUCGUCUUCCUCACUGACAGGAUAGAUUAGUGACUUUCACAUCACACUAAUUACAAUUUCAAAUUUUGACUCAAAGUUUGUUGGAUUCGCAGUGGUGGUCUGGGUUACAGGACACUAAUCUGUGUACAAAGGCGAACUGGCCUAUUUUUACAUCCACUGUCUAUGUAAAUAUCAUAUUACGGGUCAAACGGGAAGACCAAACUCUCGACUAAAACUCGGUGAGGUCUCUGACGCACGGGAAGAGCCAAUAGUCUGAGUGAUGUUGCGAUGAGCGCAUCGAUCUAGUCUGUUUACUCGUCGAUAGAUGGAUUCUACACGGCUUGUUAAUGUUCUUGUAUUGGGGAUCUUAACUUUGAAAUUUUACACUGUCCCAGCCUGUGAUUAUGCGAAACUAACUGGUCCAGAUGGUCACCUCGCUAGCCCAAGAUUUCCCAAAUACAACCCUAAGGCCACUCAUUGCCAUUGGUUAAUAAGCGUUGAGACGGGACAUGUUAUAACCUUACAGUUUGAAGCGUUUGAUGUUGGUCAAAGCACCGAAUGUUCUAAAUUCGAGUUCCGUAAGACCUACCUGGAGGUGCGGGACGGUGGAAAUUCGUCCCUCGGGACAUUUUGCGGGUCAGUGAAACCGAGUGAUGUGCGCAGUACUGGAAAUGAAAUGUGGAUUGAGUAUGUUACAAAUGGCUACAAGUCUACCAUAUUUGCAGCGCGUUAUCAUACCACUAAAGAGUCUUCAGUUGUCAGAAUUGUCUUAUUUGCAAUGGCAGCCAUUGUUGGGACAAUAAUUUGUGUUGUUCUCAUCGUAAUAUUAAUCAGAAGAAAACACAGGAAUUUAGACGAUGARAUGAACAGUCACGUGUCUCCAUCACAUGAUUCAAAUCAUGGCAGCAAUCGAACAUGCGCACUGGCCCACAUCCCUUCUAUGAUUUUAUUGGGUAACGUAAACAAAGGAAUGGACGAUUACGUCAUAUCAUCAACGCAGUUUAAAUAUGCUUCCGAAUGUAGCUGCAGCCAUGGUAACAAAAACCAUAGCCAUGGCAACAACAUCAAUGGAAUCUAUACUAACCGAAAUCGGCAAGAAUUACGUUGCCAUGACUAUAGUAACUAUGACAACAGGAAUAAUCACAAAGAUGAUAUGGCCAUUAUAGACGUUGAAAGUAAACAUACGCCAAGGCAAGAAAGACUUAGUCCCCAAUCAGUUUCAACUAGUGACAGAAAAACCAGUGAAUCCGAGUCGAUUUUAACUACAGCAAGAGUGAUUUUUGUGCAAGAUUCUUCAUCGUCAAGAAGUGGUUCAUCUAGUAGCAACGAGUGAUAAAAUCAAGGCGAAUCUAUACCCUUGUCCCCAGGCUACAAUGUGCAAUCUCUUCUCUUACCGUAUGACAUUAUGAAAGAGAAAGCAAGUAGCCUGGGACGAGGCUAAGUGAGAUAUGAAUUUUGAGUGACAGACAUGCAAUUCAACAUAGGGCAUUGUAGCUAUUAUACAUCGCGUACAAAGUACAUUAUUAUAUAAUGAUAGAGUAUAUUCUAUAAUUUCACGAAUAAAAGGUUUUUAGCGUUUCCGGGCGGACUUUGAA